AUGAACUGGGACACACUGCUCUUCAACAUCGCCACUUUCAUCUGUGGCGUCUUCGUCCUCGACUUUGGAGCCGAUAAAUUCAUCGACCAUACCGUCAUCGUAGGCCGUCGACUAGGUAUAUCUCAAACACUGAUCGCUCUAUUAACGGUUGGCGCUGAAUAUGAGGAGCUCGCGGUAGUCGUCUCAGCAAUCCUGCAACAGCGCUCCCCGCUAGCACUCGGCAACAUAAUCGGAUCCAGCAUCUCCAACAUCCUCGGCGCAUUCUCACUGGGGCUACUGUUCCAAUCUGGCCCUGCAAUAAUAGUAGGAGCAGCUUCAGCGCCCAGGUUCGAUACCACUGCCAAGAUAUAUACGGCGCUGACAUUCCUGAUUACGACCAUUGCGGUUGGGAUUGUCUAUUUUGAUGUCUUGAAUCCGGUUACGGGGGGGUUGCUUAUUGCCGUGUUUGCGGUCUACCUUGCGUCGAUUGCAUAUGCCAUAUAUCGCGGCGUUACUAUUCCGGUGUCUGAUAGUGAUAGCGAAAGUGACGACGAUAGUGACAGCGACAGCGGCAUUGGUGACGACAAUGCCGUAGCGACGGAGACAUCAGCUCUCCUCCACUCUGCAAACCCUUCCAGCCCACCAGUCAAAAGACAACGACGAUCUCUAAUCUAUCAUAUCGCUCACCUCCUAAUCGGCCUCAUCGCCCUUACUCUGUCCGGCUAUAUCCUCUCGCAUAGCGCCAGCUCAAUCGCCGACUUACUCAAUCUCUCUGGCACUGUAUUCGGAGUAACCAUUCUCUCCUUUGCGACUACUUUGCCCGAGAAAUUGGUCGCUGUACUCAGCGGUGCGCGCGGCCAUGGAUCGAUUUUGGUCGCAAGUACGGCGGGGAGUAAUAUCUUUUUGCUUACGCUGUGUCUUGGUGUUCUUGCUAUCACCGCCACUGGGACUGGGGCCAGUAGCGAUAAGGUGAUCAUAUUUGAGCUGGUUUUUGCAUGGGCUUCGGCAGCGUUGUUUUUGUUGACUGUUCUGUUUGGGGGUGGACGUGUUGUUGGUGUUGGGCUUGUGGGCGCUUAUGUGGCAUUUUUGAUUUUGGAAUUUACUGUUUAUAGGAGGUGA